GAGUGUGUCGCAUACGUGUAACGCUGCUCUCGGCACAUGCACAUCGGCGCCACCCGUCGGAACGCGAGUUCUCGUAGCUGAGGGGCCUUUUUUCGCCGCGUUUUUCGUUGCUCCGGAGUCGCGCAGUACCGCUCGCGACUCGCCCUUGAUAGCAGAUUGUCCCGUGCGAAGGAAUUCCGCGAGGGAGACAGAGAGAAAGAGAGGGGAGGAAAGGAGAGAGGAAGAGAGACGGAGAUAGAGAGGGAGAGAGAACCGCGUGUGCGUAAAUCAUAACCGACAAAAUUCUCCGACAAUGGCGACGACGCAGCUGAGUCUGGCACCGAAGACCAUCAAGUACUUGAUGUUCUUUUUCAACCUGAUCUUCGUGAUUACAGGAAUAGUGCUGCUAUCGAUCGGCGCCGUCAUCCAUGGAGUCUACUAUAACUAUCAGCAUUUCCUUGACAACAGCUUCUUCUCUGUGCCAUCUCUUCUCAUAGCCGUGGGCUCCAUCAUCUUCAUCAUCGCUUUCUUCGGAUGCUGCGGAGCCGUUCGCGAAAGCUAUUGCAUGAUUAUAACGUUCUGCACGCUUCUGGCUGGGAUCUUCCUCCUGGAGAUCAUAGGCGGCAUCAUGGGAUACGUGAUGAGGGCGCAGGUGGAGACUAUUGCCAAGCAUAAGAUGCUCGACACGAUGCCCAAAUACAACGACAGCCAGGAGAUCAAAGUCGUCUGGGAUAAUCUACAACGAGACUUCGAAUGCUGUGGCACGAUCAACGCCACCGAUUGGUUGACGGAAGGAAAAUUACCGGGACCGGGUAUUCCGAUGUCGUGCUGCGAUGAUACGAUAGGUGCUAUCGGCACGUCGAACUGCACCGAGACGUCGCUGAGCCUGCAUCACACCGGAUGCAUGGAAGCGUUCGCGAUUUUCGCAGAGAGACACGCGGCCAAGAUAGCAGGUGUCGGAAUAGGCCUUGGUGUAAUUCAGCUAGUAGGAAUCUCCUUAUCGUGCUACUUGGCCAAAUCAAUCAAGAAUUGUUACCAGACUAUGUAGAGCGCCAUACGAACAUCAAACGCAUCGGAAGCAGCGUUACAUUCCUAGAUGACGGUCGAUCGGGAUUUCCAUUAGGAUAUAGGAAGUGCAUCUGAUAAUUUGAUCUGAUAAUUGAUCUGAUAUGCUGCAUGAACACGUUACUAAAAGAAGGGUGAUAAAUUACUUUUGCUACAUUCGAUGUUUUGCAUCGCAUUAUAUGAAGCGUGUUUUUAAUAAAAUUUUUAUAUCGCGAA